AUGCUUCCACGCACCAAGUACAAUCGCUUCAGGAAUGACUCGGUGACAUCGGUCGAUGACCUUCUGCACAACCUGUCGGUGAGCGGCGGUGGCAAGGUCUCGGCGGCGCGCGCGGCCCCGGCGGCGGCUCCCUACCUGGUGUCCGGAGACGCGCUGCGCAGGGCGCCCGACGAUGGGCCGGGUAGCCUGGGCCACCUGCUCCACAAGGUGUCCCACCUGAAACUCUCCAGCUCGGGCCUCCGCGGCCUGUCGGCGGCCAGGGAGCGGGCGGGCGCGCGGCUCUCGGGCAGCUGCAGCGCGCCCAGCCUGGCCGCCCCGGACGGCAGCGCGCCCCCCGGCCCCCGCGCCCCGGCCAUGCGCGCCGUCAGGAAGGGCCGACCCGGCGACGAGCCGCCGCCCCGCGCCCCGCACGCUAGCGACCAGGUGCAGGGGGCCGGAGUCACCUACGUCGUCAAGUACUUGGGGUGCAUUGAAGUUCUUCGCUCAAUGAGGUCACUUGACUUCAGUACAAGGACACAAAUUACCAGGGAAGCCAUCAGCCGGGUUUGCGAAGCGGUCCCUGGCGCCAAGGGAGCCUUCAGGAAAAGAAAGCCUCCGAGCAAAGUGUUGUCCAGCAUCCUGGGCAAGAGCAAUCUCCAGUUUGCGGGGAUGAGCAUCUCCCUGACCAUAUCCACCGCCAGCCUGAACCUGCGGACCCCAGACUCGAAACAGAUUAUAGCAAAUCAUCACAUGCAGUCCAUCUCCUUCGCCUCUGGGGGAGACCCGGAUACAACAGACUACGUUGCGUACGUAGCUAAGGACCCUGUUAAUCGCAGAGCUUGUCACAUUCUGGAAUGUUGUGACGGGCUGGCCCAGGAGGUCAUCGGCUCCAUCGGACAAGCCUUUGAGCUCCGGUUUAAGCAAUAUUUGCAGUGUCCUUCCAAGAUCCCCACUCUCCAUGACCGAAUGCAGAGUCUAGAUGAGCCAUGGACUGAAGAGGAGGGUGAUGGCUCAGACCACCCGUACUACAACAGCAUUCCAAGCAAGAUGCCUCCUCCAGGGGGGUUUGUAGAUGCUCGACUGAAAGCCAGACCCCACGGUCCUGACACAGCCCAGUUUGCAGGAAAAGAGCAAACUUACUACCAGGGGAGACACUUAGGAGACCCGCUUGGCGAAGACUGGCAGCAAACACCUGUCAGGCAAGGUGAGAGGCAAGGGUCUUUGGACAUCUACAGCAUGCCGGAAAGGAAAUCGCAUGUGGCCCCUACGGGAGAAGCCCCCACCUAUGUCAACACCCAGUGUAUCCCGCUGCAGGCUGGGCUGGCCGCGGGCAGCAGUGCAGAAAGCAGCCCACGGAAGGACCUCUUUGACAUGAAACCUUUUGAAGAUGCUCUCAAGAACCAGUCCUUGGGGCCUGUGUUGAGCAAGGCAGCCUCCGUGGAGUGCAUCAGCCCCAUCUCACCCGGAGCCCCGGAUGCCAAGAUGCUGGAAGAGCUGAAAGCAGAGCCUUGGUACCAAGGGGAGAUGAGCAGGAAGGAGGCAGAGGGGCUACUGAAGAGAGAUGGAGACUUCCUGGUCAGGAAGAGCACCACCAACCCAGGCUCCUUUGUCCUUACUGGCAUGCACAACGGCCAGGCCAAGCACCUGCUGCUCGUGGACCCGGAAGGCACGAUCCGGACAAAGGACAGGAUCUUUGACAGUAUCAACCACCUCAUCAACCACCACCUGGAGAACAGCCUGCCCAUCGUCUCUGCCGGGAGUGAGCUCUGCCUUCAGCAGCCGGUGGAGAGGAACCCGUGACCUGCCAGCUGCCCCGUCCCGACCCUGCACCUGCAGUCAGGAGGGCUCAGUUCUUCCCGGUAGAUGGGUACUGGGCCAUGGGAACUCAAGCAUCUGCCCACUGGCUCAGAGCUUUGUUCAACAGCCCCAGGAGGAAGGCCUCCCUAAAGUGCAAGUUUCAUAAACUUGUUCCGAAUUCUCAUGUGCAUACUAAAGGUGUACAUACCUAUACAUCCUGUACAAAUUAUCCCUCUAUAUUUAUAUUUUUUAAGACUAAGAAAGAUGUAAGACUAAUGUUCUGUGCUGUAUGUUUUUAAUGAAAACAAAGUUUGACUGUAGUUGUCCGGGCAAAAUGUUAAUUCAGCUGACCCAUUCCACUGGGAAAGUCCACUGGGAAGGUGUUACCUACUAAGCACAAUACAGGGAAUAGAAGCUGCAGGAGGGUCGGUAAUAAACACCUGGGACUGUAAUAGAAUAAGGCAAGAUGCUGUCUACGCUCUGCAUGUAAAGCCCUGUGAAGUGCGGGUCCUCGUGGCUGUCCCUCCUCCUUGGCGACGCCUCCCAGGCUGCCUGCAUCACACCUGUGUGCACGGGGUUUGCAGCACCAGAGAUUAGGGCUGCUGCGCUGAAGAGCAGGCGUUACUCCAGCUGUUUCAGGUAGUGCUGAGCACAGGAAUGCCGUCUCCCAUGACCCUGGUUGUCCAGGGGUUCUUGGGGAUCCACUUUGCUGCCAAAUAGGGCACAAAAUAAGUCUCACUGAUCAAGAUCUUGACAGGUAAAUGCUUCCUUUGUUUUUAUCUGUAUAAGGACAAAAUGAGGAUUUGUGGAGGGGUAGUUGGGGGUUUGUACAUCCUCUUAGCCAACGGGCUGCUGCAGUACCUGCUAGUAAAACUCCGCCCCCUUUAUAUUCAGUAGAGGAAGAAGCAUGUGUAUGAUCUGUGUGGAAGACAGGUGCAAACACAUGUGCUCAGAGUUCCUGCCUGGAGACAUUCCAUCAGCUGUGGCUGAUUCAGGUUUGCCUGAAGCUCGGGACCAGGCUCAAGAGCUUUGGGAAUUAGUUUGAGGUCCCACUUCUGGAGAGAUUGGUGGGUAAAGUGGCUGGUUUGUCUCUACAAUGGUUUCCCAAUUGCUCCAUGAAAAGGGCUCGUGUCCUGGGCAGUGCUUUGUCCCAGCUCCUUCCUUUGGGAUCAAACACUGAUUUCCUACUGGGUUGUUUGGUGUUAGGAAGUCGACAGUGUUUCUAACUUUGAAAAAAUGUUUGGCUUGAGAUUACCAUAUGAUUUAACAGGUGUUGUCUUUUAAAAGAUGGAAGGAUUCACUCAUUCGUUGGCACCUUCUCACUUGUGCUGCAAUGUUGGCUCUUGUCCCAGUGAAAUCCAUCGCGGGCAGCACCCCCUUCAUCAGUGCAACGGAAGGACGCUCUGCACACACUUAGCAUUGGAGAGUAAUAAGUUUGAUGCUUCCAGAAUGUGGAGUUAAUGGUAGAUUUUAAAAAUUCUAAUGAGAGCUAAUUCCACAAAGUUCUAAUGCUACGUGUGUGAACCCUGUUUCUACUUUUAGAGGGUGUGUGUGGCCAGGAUGGGAGGAUGGGGCAGACCUGAUGGCUGAGGAUGGCUUGGGGCAGGUCCAAGGAUUCAUGUUAGCCUUCUGUGGAGUUUUUACCCUUUGAAGGUCCAAUGAACUCAAGCUGACAGUGGCUUCAAUCUUCUAGAAUGUUCUGCAGUGAAUUGGAACUUUAUGGGGAGUCUGGCACUAAUCUAGACUGCCCUGCCUCUUCCUAGAAUGGUCUGUUUUCAGGUGCAGUACAGGUACCCUGCUGCGAGUUAUCCAAAAGCAGUAGGGCCUGAACAGGGACGCCGGGCAGCAGCUAGGUCGGGCUCUUCCCCUGUGACGAUGUAGACUUUGGGGUGACUGUGAGAAUUGCCCUGCACUCUGUCUCCUUGAGGCCUGCAGCCCUGCAGACGUAUACAUAAAAAUCCGACCUCUGUGGGGAUGCAUGAUCCUUCUCUGUGUGCGAGUGUACACACAUAUAAAAAUGGAUCAAAUGACUUCUUUCAGCAGACUUGCACACCCCCCUGCAUAAGGCCAAAACACUCAUGUUAAGGGCAAAGGAAAGUAGGAAACAAGAGUUAAGAACUGAGAGCCCCUGAACAUUUGAUCUGUUUUGUUUUUCUCUUGGGAGUAUAAGAAAUGGUAAUCUGCAGGUUUAGUAGCUCUCUGCUCUGAAGUUAGUGUUUAUCUCAAUGGUGAUAAGCAAUAUAUGUUUUUUUUGCAUGAGAAUCAAUUUAGAAAAUUAAAAGUAAUGGGGGAUCAAAUAAUGUUUCAAUAUUCAUUCAAAAUAUGUAUUUUUAAGCUCAGGUUUUAAGAUCGCUUCCCACAGAACAGUGCUAGUGGGACAUAACUGGCACUCCUUUGUAGCCAUUGGAGCAGAUUUGAGGUGUAGCAGAUGGCAGCAAUUUUCUAGUCUGUUUUCUCCCAUUUGUAAAGCAUGUAAAGCAUGCAAGAGCUCACCUGGGUCAUCUCCUCUCUUCCUUCAAGAGCCACGUGCUGGGCACCACAGAGCCUCACUCACAGAUGGGGAAAUUGAGGCUCAGGUAGUGCCCACCUUGCUCAAGGCUACACGGUCGGUGGGCAGCAGAGCUGUUCCACUCUCUCAGCGCUUCCCGAGCUCUGCUCCACAGGGAGCUCGGGAUUCAGAGGCAAACUUCGCUGCAGCCACAGGAGGGGCAGCUCCAGGGCCUCCAACUCCCAGGGCGUGGUCACUGAGCGCCGUGCCGGGGCCACCCUGGGCCCUCGGAGUGUGCCAGGAACUGCUGCCCCUCUCGUGGGCCCCCUGCCACUUGACCCAGGCCUCUGUGUCUGCCGGGAGAGCCAGGCAGGGUCCAGCGGUCCUAAAAUGGCCCAUCUUGCUAAGUGGCUCUGGAGACCCCCCUUCCCCUUCCUACCCGCACCAUCCUGUGUGAAUUAGCUGGGCUUUCCAGUGACACGCCUAUCUGCUGGGAGCCUGCGGGGCUUCUGCGGGGCCGCUGGUCACUGGUUUCAGUCAGCUUUGACGCCUGACUACUAGGGAUACUCUGAACGGCUCAUAGUAGAAGCAGGUGGGGAAUUCCCUGGCGGUCCAGUGGUUAGG